CAAUUUUGUUUGUUAUCCGGCAGAUAAACAAACGUUUCACAUUUCCUGUCCUUCAGAUCUUUAUCAGACACUUUCAGACGAAGUUGGCCACAACACUGUUGGAGUAAAGCAGAUUAGAGUACCCAACUAAGUUAAACCAAGAAUCAAAAGCAACUUUGCAACGAUUAUUCUACGUCAGGCAACGCUCCCAGCUGAUGCGAGCGUGCUUUCAAAAUCAGCUGAUCGCUCGCAAUGCCCCGUCAUUAGUAAAUAGCAACCUGUUGGCCAAGACGUACAAAAAGUACUGCGCGACACCCAGCCAUCUGUGGCCCCAAGGUCCCUGACAUCUUUGACAUUCCUUUGUCCUAAGCAGCGAUGAAGUAUACAAUAGUUCGUGAUAAAAAGGGACAAUGUGCCAAAGAAUGCGAGACAGUGGUGGAAGGAAGUGGAAGACUUGACUUCGGUGAAUAUGAGCUUGAACUUUGGGACUCACGGUAUAAUAAUUUGCUGCAUAGGCGUAUGUCAAAGAUGCAAAGUGGACCUAAAGCUGGCUGCCUUUCAUGGAUUCGAGAUUGGGUGCACUUCUCUUGUGUUCCCAUUACCAUCAUUGUGACACUAUCAUUGUUUAUUGUAGCAAUGGCACGUUUAGAUUCUAUCACAUAUCAGAGUGAGGAUUUCAGUUGUGGUGAUUGCAGGUUUCAGUUAGUGGAAAGCAUACCUGAAAAUCUGACAUACUCAGAUGAAAGUGUGCUGUAUCCUAGCAUAUAUAGUGCUUGGGUGAGCCUUAUUGAAAGUGCUGAGGUCUCCAUUGAUAUUGCAGCCUUUUACUGGACUUUGCUUAAUGAUGAUGUCAUUGACAAGCCUGUAGCUUCAUCAUGGCAAGGAGAAGACAUAUUCAUGCAUCUCAAUUCAACAGGAGUAUCAGGAAAAGCAGCCAUAAGGAUAGCACAGAAUGCCCCUUCUCAUGUUUCACCUCAGUUUGACAGUGCACAGCUUGCUUCAUCAGGGGCUGCUCAGGUUAGAAGUGUGGACUUUGAUCGAUUGAUUGGAGGAGGGGUAUUACAUACCAAGAUGUGGGUGGUUGAUGGUAAACACAUAUACCUAGGCAGUGCAAACAUGGAUUGGCGAUCUCUUACACAGGUUAAAGAAGUUGGAAUAGUUAUCAACAAUUGCCCUUGUUUGGCUUCAGAUAUGAGCAAGAUUUUUGAGGUUUACUGGCAGUUGGGUGAAGAGGGAUCCGUAAUUCCACCUUCUUGGCCAAGUGAUCUUCAAACAGACUUCAAUAUUGAAAACCAGAUGUCCAUAGCUUUAAGCGGAACAUUUGUCAACACAUAUCUCUCUAGCUCUCCACCUCCCUUUUGCCCACAAGGAAGAAGUAAUGAUAUUGAUGCUAUUGUGGAUGUGAUAAAUAAGGCUAAAAAGUUUAUCUAUAUAGCUGUUAUGGACUACUUCCCAAGAAUGUUAUACUCAAAGAAAAAGAGGUUUUGGCCUGUCAUUGAUGACGCUUUACGAGCUGCAGCCUUGGAGCGAGGUGUUCGCGUCCGCAUCUUGGGUUCUCAUUGGAAUCAUACAAGACCUGAUAUGAUAUACUACUUAAAGUCUUUACAGGACUUAACAUGUCCUGCAACUGGAAUGGAUAUAGAAACGCGCUUAUUUGUAGUGCCAGCAUACACAGAAGAGCAGAGAGAAAUUCCAUUUGGAAGAGUGAAUCAUAACAAAUACAUGGUAACUGACAAUACUGCCUAUAUUGGUACUUCGAACUGGAGUGCUGACUAUUUUAUCAACACUGGUGGUAUUGGAUUAAUUGUCAAUGAGACUGGGACUGUUCCUAAUGUCACAGAAAACAUGGACAAUGGAGAUCAGCCAUCUCUUCAAAAACAACUUCAGGCAUUAUUUGAAAGAGAUUGGAUGUCUGAUCAUGCAAAACCAAUUGAUGAAUUCAUAGAAUAAUGUAGUACAUGGAGUGUUAUGUAAUACAUAGUUCUUUCUGUCACUUUAGAGCUUAAAGGAAACUUGUUUAAGCUUCAGAAGAAUUGAACCAAAAGAAACAUGUUCAAACCCUUGGGCAAUAGCAACUAAAGAAACAUGUUCAGACCUCAGAAAAACAGAAGAAAGUAUUGAAAAGUCAUAACAGAACCUAAGUUCUGCAAACCAGGUGCAAAGAAUAAUUGAAUUGAAUAAUAACGUCUGUAUCACGUGAGAAGGUGACCUUAAAACCAAAAUGCUUUAAUUUUUCUUGCUUUAGCCUUGAUUCAGUUAAACUGUUGGGACGACCAUCCAAACACUGCAGACUGUUAGCUCUUUCUGGGCAACCUCAACAACAGCACCAAAGUUCAUAAAACUAACAAAUAUUGUAGUAGCUAUGGUGGAAGCAAGCCAGUCGAGGAGGAUGUCAAACUUUGGAUUGUUUGUUUUUCAAGUGUAGUCUAUCACAAAUACAAGCCUUGAUAGCUCAUUAUGAAGGAGGUAAGUAUUCAGAGCAGUUUUUUUAAUAGAAACUAUGUCACACUAUAUAAAUGGUAAAGAAAAUUUGUUGAAUUCAGAUUUAGGUUAUUCUGAAAAUGUGGUUCAAUAUAAGGAACUAGGAUUUUCACAGUAAAGUAAUACCUCAUUGUUCCAAGAAGAGAAACAAAGUAGAAAAACCUAGGCCACAUAAAGGAUUUUAUGCACCCUAUAAGUAACUCCAUAAUAUUGGUACGUAAUACAUGUGCAAUAAGUUGUUCACUAGUGGAACAUUUUGUUGUCUUUUUCAUGUAGUCAAUGUAUACAUGUAUUAUCUAUGAAGACUUGAAAGAAAAUCCUCCAAAAAAUCAGAAGUGUAUUGGCCUGUAUACAGUCUAGUACUUACCUCAGGGUGACAUUGAUGUUCUUGAUGGGGCAGUGGAGGAAGAGGAGGUAACUAAGUAGAUGAUGUUGAAGGCUUAAUCCAAGAGAAUGAGCUAUAGCAACAAUCUUUUCACCGUUUUUGUGGUGUUUUAUUAUAGCCUCUUUGUUUUCCACCAGAAUAAAAUUAAACUUAUUACCAUUGGCACUAGUAUAUCCAUGGAACUAAUCUGAAGACAAAUUCAGUGCAAAAUUUAUGAUGCAGCACAUGAAAAUGAUAGAUAUGUUUCUCCCCUUUAUGAAAAGUUUUUCUUUCAAGCCUGUAACUUUUCUAUGAUGAGAUCUGCCCCUCAUCUGUUCAGGCCAUGGAUGUGCCUCCUUUCGGGAUACCUUAACCAGACCACUGAGCUGAUUAGCAGCUCUCCUAAGGCUUGCCUGAAGGAUGGAUUAGAUAUUUUUACAUGGCUAGGAACCAAAUGGUUACUUUGCAAUGAAUCUACAGCUUAUUGUGGGAUAUGAACCACACUAUAUUAAGUGAAUUUCUAAGCACCAGAAAUUAAAUUCCUCUGAUUUCUUGUUGGCAGAGCGGGGAAGUGAAUUCAAACUACCACUUGUCCGAGGAACUAAGGCCAUUCAGCACCAAAAUGAAAAAUGACAGUGAAAAGGUUUGAAAGGAUUAUGGUGGAAUUGUUAUGAAAGGGUGGACAGUAAGAUGGAAUAUAUAGAAUAUGAAUGGAGGUACAGCAAACAGAAUGAUAGGGGGCUACGGCUAGGGGCCGAAGGGAUGCUGCAAAGAACCUUUAGUGCCUACAUUGCACUGCAUCAGGUGCACUGAGGGCAUUACCCCUGAUGAGGUUAUCUACAUUUGAUGCUUCUCAAUUCUGCAUACGCUCACCUGUGUAUUUUUGGUUUUGUAAUGUAACUUGAAAGCCAGUUUAGUCAUCUGCCCCCAUAUCCUCCCUCUGGCUCUUGUGUGGUUGGAGGCCAUGGGUAUUUUUUAUGUUUCCAAGGCAUUUUGUUAUCUGUGUUUUCUGCAGCUUCAACACUCUCUGAUGCUUUAACAUCAUCUGGUAUCCCCUGCUAUACCAUUGUCCUUGCAGUUGCUCAUAAAGUUGCCCUUGAUAUUUUUUUUCGGGGUUUCUGUACUUCACCCUUGCUCAUAGUUUCUCAUGGAUUUGUGGCUCUACUACCAUUUCCAGUGAUACCCACUGCCCCUUGCCCAAGAUUUCAGGAGUCAAGCCUGUGGGUUUUCUUUUUAUAGCUUAGGGCCUUGUGACUUGAGCCUCCUGAUCCGCCUUCUUUUGCGCUGUCUUGUAUCAUGUCUAAGAAAGGGGCUCCUCGAGUCCUCCAUGUGUUCUAGUUGUUGUUUAGGGUCUCCACUCCAGUUCUUGCCUCUCUAUGAGUUCUGCUCAUGUCCAUGAAGAUUCUGCUGUGUUGAAUGAUUUCUUUUCUGCUUACUCUACAAUGACAACUUGUCUACUGCUUAUUACUCCAUGUGCAGCCUUCUCCAAGUUUGUCUUAUUCAUAUGGUCUGGUUUCAUCUUUUUUGGUUCUUCAUAACAACUCUUCUCACACAUAGAUCCUUACAAUGCUGAUCUUUUUUAAGUUGACUUUAUUCUUUACUUACAAAGGUUACCUAUAUUUCACUUUAUUCUUUACUUACAAAGGUUACCUAUAUUUCAAAGAUCUGAAGUAUGCUAAAAAUUUCCCUCUCCGAAUGGACUCACAAAGGUCACUAUCUCCAUUCUGAAAGGGGUCGUCUCAGGUUCUAUUGAGCAAGUGGGCUAAGAUAAAUAAUGAAUUGACUUUGGAGUAAUAAAAGGGGAUCCUCUACUACCACCACCACCACCUGCUCACUGUCUAGUGCUUGAUACCUGUUAAAGUUUUGUCAUGGACAGGAACUGUGUUUGUAAAACCUAGUGGAGGGUUUGUUCCCAUUAGUUGAAAAUACUAGCUGGAUGACUUGGUUCUACUUUAAAUCUUCUCAAGACUGCCUGUAUUUUUUGGAACAGUGUCCAUACAUAGUGACACUGAAACUCCUUAAUAGCAAAGACCUCCCCAAGAACCUGAUGAUGCGUUAUGCUGUAUGACUCUUUGUGGGUCUACAGGAAUGCUGGGCAAGGGAAAAUCCACAGACUGGAGACUGAUGCAAAAUGUUGAAUAUUUGUUCUGAUAGAAAUACUCCCCCUACACCUCCAUAUACUAGGGAGUAUUCCCUGCUCUACGCUAUAAUCGGCUGUAUCUAGACUCUUCUCUUAAAAACAAAACCUUUACCCUACCCCCGGAUACCCCUUUGUCUGACCUCCUUAGUGUUCUCAGUCAAGCUGGAGAGAGGUGUGAAGGAGAAAGGCAUUAGCUGGUAUAACUUGAGCAGAUACCAUGAACAGUCUUAGUAAAAUUAUAUGUAGUCAUAUUAGAAGUUAAGGAAAUACAUCUCAGGAGUUAGACAACAGAUAAACACAGAAUAACAGAUAAAACUGAAGCAUAUACAUGCACACUUCAUAAGUUGGAAAUUUUUUUUUAUAGUUUUUCACUAACAGAGUGAAGACUGUCAACUGAUGUGAAAUAAAUAGUACUGCCAAAACUAACAAAUAAUUUAAGAGUAACAUGUCUUAUAUUUUUCUUUAGUGAGGAAUUUGAUUUUGAUAAAAAUAAAAAUCCAUGUGAUAAACUAAAUUUUAGGUAACAAUUAGAGUGUUUCUUUCAUAUAACUGGUAAUGCUUAAUGCUAAGUCAUCUAUUAUUUUCCCAGAUACCUGUAUAUAUUUGUUAUCUCAGUCAAGAGGAUACAAUGUUAAAACCUCAUUCCAUCCCUUUCAUUGACAUAAUCUGAAUUGUGAUAAUAUUUUUAUGUGCUAGGAUUAUAUUUGAGUAAAAUUGGUAUGGAAGUGUUUUACAAGUGUGAUGGACCAUGCAUUAUCUUAUACACUUCAUAAGCAUAUUAAUGACAUAAUGCCUUAUGUAAACAAUUAUUUUUUAAUGUUUUAUUUACUCAAGUGCCUGAGCUGUUAUUCCUAUCUUACACUAAGUGUUACUUCUCAUUGUUGUUGAAAAUGUUGCAAAGGUAAUUAAAUUAAUACUGAACUACUUUGAUCUGCAUUGGUUCUCAUUAAGAUGAGCAUACAGUGGACCCCUGUAUUAAAGGGGACUUUGACCACUAUGCUGGAGAUUGUGAUUUAAAAAACUUAGCUUUGUUAAAAUUCUGUGCUUUAUUUUAAUUAAUGUGGCUGGACACAGUCACAGUAAUUACAGCACACUGAGGAAGUUUGUGAUUUUGUAAUUUGGGAGCAACAGCAUGCUUUCACUAAUUAUGAUCAUUAGAAACACUAAUUUCAUGGAAAACAGAUAAAAAACUUAGCCUAAAUCUUAGGUGAUUCAGUUGCAUCUGUUGUUUUACAGGUCUGUAGAAAUCAUAACAAAAUACACCAGACUGGUUAUUGCAGAUAAGUAAAUUGACUCAAUACUGUCUAAUUUUAAGUAAAACAAACUGGUAUUUUAUCAAAUAUUAAUUAAAACAUUGCUUCUCUAGGACCUCAUCUGUGGGUGAAACAACAAGGUAACUGGGUUAGUUAGGUACAUUACUCCUCUAAAAGUUAUAUACUGAUACAAUAUAAUAAUAGAGUAGAAUAGAAAAUAAAAUUAGGCCAAAGACCAAGUACUGGGACCUAUAAGGUCAUCCAGAGCUGAAAGGAAAAUUAACAUUAAGAAGGUUUGAAAGGUGUAACAGGAGGCAAACUUUGCAGUUGCACUGUGAAACAAUACAGGCUGUCCCCAGGUUAUGACAGGUUCGGCUUACGACGUUCCGAGGUUAAGGCACUUUUCAAUUAUAUUCAUCAGAAAUUAUUUCCAGGGUUACGACGCCUACAACGCUCAUCUGGCAGAAGAAAUGACACCAAAAAUGCAAAAAAUCAAUAUCUGAAGGAUUUUGGGAUGAAAAAUGCAAUAAGAAUGCAGUUUACAUAGUUUUUAAUGCACCCAAAGCAUUAAAAGCAAGGUUUUCUUAGGAUUUUUGACAAUGUUCCAGCUUACACGAUUUUCAGCUUGCGACACACCCCAAGAAUGUAACCCCCGUCGUAACCUGGGGACUGCCUGUAGUCAGGAGAGGAUGGAAAGUCAGAUGGAAGAAAGAAAAUACAAAUGGAGGAACAGUAAAAGGAAAGAAAGAGGUUAACCCUUAAACGGCGACUGGACGUAUUAUACGUCGACUAAAAUUGUCUGUCAGGUACUUAAUUGACGUACGAUACAUCGACUACAAAAAGUUUUUUUAAAUAUUCGCGGAAAAAUAGUUAUAGGCCUAGUUUGCGAAAAAUUUUAAAUCACUUGCCUCGAGGGAUGCUAGGAGUUCACAGAUCAAGCUUUUAUUUUGUUUACAAGCGUUACCCAGGUGCGCAUUUCUUUCUUCUCGCACUAAAAAGCAUCAGCGACACAUCUCAGAAAUUCUUUCGUCAGUUUGUCGUAAUUUUUGCACUUUUAUAUUAGCCGUUACAUAGAGUUUUAUAUAUGAAGAUGUGCGCAAUUUCAUGUAGAAUACAACAAAAAACAACACAUGGUUGAAGCUUUUAUCAGUUUUGCAAUAUUUUCACAUAAAUCACAAUAAGUGCCAAAAUUUCAACUUUCAGUCAACUUUGACUCGACCGAAAUAGUCGAAAAAUGCAAUUAUAAGAUAAAACUCUUACAUUCUAGUAAUAUUCAAUCAUUUACCUUAAUUUUGCAACAAAUUAGAAGUCUCUUAGCACAAUAUUUCAAUUUAUGGUGAAUUUUUUUAAAAACUUUUUCCUUACGUCCAUGCAGUAAAUGCUGAAAAAAUCAGAAUGUUUUUGUCAGUCUUGUAAUUUUUGCACCGUUUUAUAUUAGCCGUUACAUAAAGUUUUAUGAAAAUGUGUGCAAUUUCAUGUAGAAUACAACAAAAAACAACCCAUGGUUAUAGCUUUUAUCAGUUAAAAUAUUUUCAUAUAAAUUACGAUGUGCCAAAAUUUCAACCUUCAGUCAACUUUAACGCGACUGAAAUGAUCGAAAAACGCAAUUGUAACCUAAAACUCUUACAUUCUAGUAAUAUUCAGUCAUUUACCUAAAUUUUGCAAGAAAUUGGAAAACUCUAGCACAAUGGUAUUUAGAUUUAUGGUGAAUUUUUGAAAAACACUUUUUCCUUACGUCCGUGCGCGGUAACUGCCAAAAAUUUCAGAAAUUCUUUUGUCAGUUUGUCGUAAUGUUUGCACCGUUCUAUAUUAGCCAUUACAUAAAGUUUUAUAUAUGAAAAUGUAUGCAAUUUCAUGUAGAAUACAACAAAAACAACCCAUGGUUGUAGCUUUUAUCAGUUUUGAAAUAUUUUCAUAUAAAUCACGAUACGUGCCAAAAUUUCAACCUUUGGUCAACUUUGAUUCGACCGAAAUGGUAGAAAAACGCAACCGUAAGCUAAAACUCUUACAUUCUAGUAAUAUACAUUCACUUACCUUCAUUUUGCAACAAAUUGAAAGUCUCUAGCACAAUAUUUUGAUUUAUGGUGAAUUUUUGAAAAAACUUUUUUCCUUACGUCCAUGCGGUAACAAUGCCGAAAAUCUCAGAAAUUCUUUCGUCAGUUUGUCGUAAUGUUUGCACCGUUUUAUAUUACCCGUCACAUAAAGGUUUAUAUAUGAAAAUGUGCGCAAUGUCAUGUAGAAUACAACAAAAAAUAACUCAUGGUUGUAGCUUUUAUCAGUUUUGAAAUAUUUUCAUAUAAAUCAUGAUAAAUAGAAAAAAUUUGAACUUCGGUCAACUUUAACUCAACCAAAAUGGUCGAAAACUGCAAUUGUAAGCUAAAAAAACUUAGUCUAGUAAUAUUCAAUCAAUUAACUUCAUUUUGCAACAAACAGGAAGUCUCUAGCACAAUAUUUUGAUUUAUGGUUAAUUUUUGAAAAAAAAUUUUUUUUACGUCUGCUCGUUAAGAAUUUAUGCAUCAUUUUGUGUUAAUAAUUUCUCUGUGUUGCUUUGAUCGUUUUACAAUUUGUUAUAUACCAAAAUCAACACAAUUUAGUGUACAAAAAACAACAAAAAAUUAACUAAUUAGCUUUAACCGUUUUGCUCACAGCACGAUUUGUAUACAAUUAUACAUAUAUGACAUUUUUUUUGCGCUGUCAUAUAUUCCAAUAUUUAUAUAUGAUAAUAUUUUUUUCAUUUCUGAUGGUUUCAUACUAAACUUAGGCAAUGACAAAAGGAGGAGCCAAAAAUGAACCUUUAAUCUAAAAAACUAAGCACACUGUGAUUUUAAAAAAAAAAAAAAUUUUCCGCCUCAGUGCUAACUCCCGAACGCCGCUGGCAUACGAGAAACACUUUGGUAAAUAACAGCUCGGUGUUUAUGGGUUAAGCUAGGACCAAGAAGGAGAGCUACAAAUACCCUUAAGUAAUGCCUACAGUGCGCUGUGCGAGGUACACCAAUAGCACAAACCCCUUAUGGGGGGCAUAAGUUAUGAAAUAUAAAUGCACCAUUUUGAACAAGUACUAGUAACAUAAAAUUGGUAAAGGGCAACGUUUUGGAUACUGUAUUCUGUUUAUAUGAUCCCUGUUAUUAAACAGUAAGAUAAGAAUCAUUUAUGAAUUACUAUCUACAAAAUAUAACCAAGUGCCUUGGUUCUUUUCACAAUGUACACUGGAUUGAAUAUUAAAUUUAUCUGCUAAUAAUAUUUAUUUAGUUUACUAUUAAAUUUGGGGGAAAAAUGAUUGGAUUGUUAAUGCUAUUAAUAACCUUGAACACUUUUUUACUGUAGUGAACACAAAAACUCAUUAAAGGGAUUUAUCAAUAGCUAUGGAAUCUAUCUAAGUCACCACCAGGUCCUAAGUCUUGGUCCUUAUAUUUUCUGAGUAGUGUGCCUAAGUUUUUUUUUUAUUGUAUAUAUGUAAGCUUGAGGUUUGUUAAAUAGUGAUUAAACCCACUCUUCCCAUAUUUUGCUUCUGUCUUAUUAAUUAUAUAAUACAUAAUCUUACAAUACUUACUUAAUGUUUAGUUUUAUUUUACUUUCACUAUAACUUGUGAUUUACAUUGUUAUAUCUUACAUUUUUACAUAAUUUACAAGUUUUUGGUUUUCAGUGUUUGUCUUUCUCACACUUAGAAACCUUGUAUACUACUGUAUUCAAUGUAUUUUAACUUGUGCUUUCAUUAGAUUUUCAACACUGCAAUUUUGUAAAGUAUAAGACUAAUUUCUUUUAAAAAUUACCUCCACUCCAGCAUAUUAUCAGUUGAUCUGAUUGUAACAUCAUUUUAUGUAACAAUAUCAAUUGUCUUAGAAUGUAGAAAUUACUUUUGGUAGGUCACUUAACUUUAAAUGUGGCUCAGGAGAUGGAGGUAUUAUUUGUGACAACUUGGAAAUUACCAGAUAUGAAGAGCAUGAAUAAAACUGUUCUUCCUCACAUUUGAUCUCUGUUUUAAGAUUACGGCUUCAUAAAUAAUCCUUAGUCCAAUGUAUUUCAUUACUGUACUAACUAUAAUGGUUCUAGGUUAUAGCUUGCCCAUAAAAUGUGACUUGUACAGUAUAAUGAUUCUCAUACUCUCCUAUUAAUGUGAUAUCCCGAGUUGCAUAAAGGUAGACUGGUCUUUGUGCAAACCAAGUCUGCAAGUUUGUAAUGGAAUAUGCUGUACAGACAUUUUGGGUUAAUGUUAAGUUUUAAUAACUUUUCAAUACUUGUGACUAGACUAUUUAUUAAGAUUAAAAAAAUUUUCAAUUUAAUUUUUUCAUAAUAAAGGAUAUUUUAAAAAUUAA